AUGACCCAAUCCUCCAUAAGCCGCGUGCGACAGGCCGAGGCCGCCGGACGCAGCAUCCCCGAAGGUUGGGGCCUCGACGAGCGCGGAAGGCCCACUACGGAUCCGGGUGACUUGCUGCAAUCGUGGCGCUUCUUGCCCAUGGGUCAGCACAAAGGCUCGGGACUUGCUUUUAUGGUCGAUCUGCUCACGGCUGGACUGGCCGGCGGCCUCCUCGCUUUUGAGCAGGGCACCGAGGGCCGGCCAACGGAUUCGGCCGGCGGCUCGACCAAGUGCUUUAUCGCCCUCAAGCCCUUUGGCGACUGGCUGCACGACCGCAGCGCCGAUCUGAAGGCCCAUAUUAAAUCGGUGGAAGCAGCACCCGAGCAGGGCCUAGUGCAGUGGCCGGGCGAAGGCAGCUAUCAGCGGCGCGCCGACUACCUAAAACACGGAAUCGCCUUCGAAGCCACCUUGGCCGACCAAGUGGACGAACUGGCCCGCGAUUUGGCAGUACCAAUCCGCUGGGCUUGA